AUGAAGUUCACCAUCCUCACCGCGCUGGCCCUCUUCAGCACCUCCACCCUCGCCGUGGCCGGCCGUCCCCCUCCCCCUCCAACCUGCGGCACCUGCAACCCGGUCUCCGGCCAGAACAGCUGCGACAUCACCACCUCAUGCAUUAACACCGGCACCCGCUUCCACUGCGCCUGUCGCGCCGGCUACAAGGCCUCCACGGACAACAACAACAUCCACAAGCAGUUCCGUCUCAAUGUCCCGAACUACCAGUUCCUGGUCUUCACCCCCGAGUCUACCGAGUGCAAUACCCUUUGCAACAACCACAAUGGCGCUGGACCCAACCUCUGCGCUGAGGUGCCCAUUCGGAACCAAUGUGCUGUUUAG